AUGGAUUGCGUGGAGUGUACAGGCGGCAUUUUGUCAAAGAAAAAUGUGAAUGGACUUAGAACAAUGUAUGUACAUUCUCAGCGAAGUAUAUCAAUAACUAGAGAAAAAAUUUCUGGAGAAAAAGGUAUUUGGAAAUGUUCUCUAUAUCAUAAAUGGAGAUUUACCGGUCGCAUUCAUACCAUAGGCGAUGAAAUUGUGAAGAGUACCGAACAUAAUCAUGUGUCAGAUAGUGCUGAUGCCGAAGUAAGAAGAGCUGUUAAAAAAAUUAAAGUUUUAGCUGAACAAAGUGGUUCCACUAAUCAACAAAUCAUUGCAAAGGUUUCCGAGGGUUUAUCAUCAUCGGUUGCAGCCAGAUUACCACAAGUGAAUGGUUAUGAACAAAAAUCGAGAGUCAAAAGACCAAGGGCGCCCCCACCUGAACCUGAAAACGACGUCGAAGAUUUUGAUGAAAGAAACAACGAGUUGAAUCCAAAUUUCGUCCCGCCAGGAUUUCUGAGUCCUUCUGUCAUUGAAUAUUUGGAGUUGGGGAAAUCAAUACCAGGUCGACCAGGAUCUGACUAUCCAGUAUUGAACACAGUUCCUUACACAAAUUUCUACUGCGAUGAACAACCUUACCCUGGAUUCUACGCAGAUACCGAGACUCGUUGUCAAAGUUGGCACUACUGCGAUAUUGAUGGACGACAGACGACGUUUUUGUGCCCGAACGGCACCCAAUUUAGCCAACUGGUUUUCGUCUGUGACUGGUGGUUCAACGUUAGGUGCGAGUUAAGCGAAAAAUUAUACAUCAUAAACAGUCGAUUAUAUGGACGACCAAAAUUGGAUCCUACAAAACCUCAUCGGACCAUAACCAAACAAAUUCUAGAAGACAUUUUUAACGAUGAAGAAAAAUAA